CGGCUUAGUUAUUGGCGCGGUGGUAAACGAGGGCCACGUGUUCGCUUCGCCGGGCGCGGCAAAGUCUCAAGCGCAUGGAAUGUAGCACACGGCGGAGCUUCCGCGUUCGCAAAUCAACGCCCCACGCCACCUCCUCCUGGCGUCACCCACGCCCGGCUGUCGCAACAGUCGCUUUACAUGCCACCACCUCCAUCAUCAUCAUCAGCCGCGGCCACGUUGACAGCGGCGGGAAGCGGCGAGGGCAGGCCAUGGCAGCCACCUGGGCAGCCGGUGCCCUGUUGGGUAUGGACCCAGCGAAGAAGGCAGCCGCCCUAGUCGUGGUGCUGCUGGUGUGCCUGCACGGGGCUCGGCGCGUGUCUCGCGGAGGGAGCAGCAGCUGUGAGAGUCUGUUCAGCAGCGGGCGUCACCUGAGCAACGGGAUGUGGCAACCCGAGGGGUGCAUGGUGCAUCACUACACGCAGAGGGAGGUCAAGGAGUGUCUCGAGGAGAAGUAUGUCGUUUUUAUGGGCGACUCGCGAAUCCGCAUGCUGUAUCAAAGCUACCUCCAAUUCCUGACGCCCACACCUCCAAACGGGGCCAAGUGGCAAGAUAUUCAAUACCGUGAAAGUAACCCAUUUAUUAAAGUGGAUUUUUUUUGGGCUCCAGAUGUCGGUGAAUCCAUGACAAAGCACUUUGCUUCUUGGAAGAUGCCGAAUGAGAUUACGCCCGAUGUCAUCGUUAUGGGUGCUGCCACGUGGGCCAUUAAGCUGACGGGGGAUAAGGAGGAGGGCUUGGUGCUGUAUCAACGGGAGCUGAGGCAGCUGAAAUCGCACAUGAUCAACGUCACCCGAGUGUCACACAAGCACAGGGAUGUCAUCUGGGUCCUGCAGGGUUGGUACAGACUGGGUUUUAUGGACCCGGUCGAUGAGGCCAAGCUGCACUCGAGUAGGAAGCUCAUCACCAAUCGUGCCGUGGAUAAAUACAACGAUGUGACCAUGAGUGUGCUUGAGGGCAGCCCCGUGCGGAUCAUGAAGGCCUCCAGGCAGGUGGCGCAGCACUACUUGCACCUCUCGGAAGAUGGGCUGCACGUUCCUGACGCUGCACGCGGCAUCGUGUCGUCGCUCAUCCUCAACUCGCACUGCAACCGCGACGUGCGCCCGCUCGACGGCUCGUGCUGCUCCGUUCCGCGCGACCCCACGCUGAUCCAGGCCAUCACUGCCCUCUGCUUCCUGGGCUUCGCGGUCGCCUGGGCGGCCACGUGCGUGCGCCGAGCCUCUACGCCUCCACCACCGCCACCUCCGCAGGAAGAUGUGGAGACUGCUUUGGUCGCCGAUACUCCGCCCGUCAUAGAGAAGCUGGAAGCCAGCCAUACUGUUACAAGAGGGACGGCCGAGGAAGUACUGGCCUCACUCACUAAGCUGGGCUUCAUCAUGGCCUACUUCUACCUGUGUGACCGCGCAAACUGGUUCUACAAAGAGCACAAGGACUACCAUCACUCGCUCUUCUUUGUGCCGCUUGCUGUGAUCCUGGUCCUCGGCUGGUACUUCAGCAAGGAAACUAAAGAUACAGUGAUGUUAAACCGCGACCAGACAGAGGAGUGGAAGGGCUGGAUGCAGCUCAUCAUCCUCAUUUACCACUUUUCGGGCGCCAGCUCGUUCCUGCCAGUAUACCUGCACGUGCGGCUUCUCGUCGCUGCCUACCUCUUCCAGACGGGCUACGGACACUUCUCUUUCUUUUGGACCAAGGGAGACUUUGGCCUCUUCCGCGUCUGUCAGGUGAUGUUCCGGAUGAACUUUCUGACGGUGCUGCUGUGCCUGGUCAUGGACCAUCACUAUCAGUUCUACUACUUCGUUCCACUCGUCUCGUUCUGGUUCCUGCUGCUGUAUGGAACACUCGCUGUGCCUCCCAGGAUUACCGCCAAGGAUGGUGAAAGUAGCGUGUACUGGAAAUUGCUGAUGGUGCUCAAGUUGCUGAUGCUGUGUACCUGCAUAGUGUUGCUUGCCCUUUCCCAGGAGGUGUUUGAGGGCCUGUUUGUGGUGUGGCCGGUGUCGGAGCUGUUCAUGCUGCAGGGCAGUCUGCACGAGUGGUGGUUCCGCUGCCAGCUUGACCGAUUCGCGGUGCUCUUCGGCAUGCUGUUUGCGUUCGCGUACCUGAUGCUGAAGCGACGCGACUGGAUCAACGAGGCCAAGAUGGAGUCGCUCUUCCCCCGGUGGCUGUCGACCGUGCUGCUCUUCUUCUGUAUCUCCACCAUCGUGGGCUACACGGUCUGGUCUUCGCGAUGCAGCAGCAAGGCGGAGUGCAACCAGAUUCAUCCCUACACUUCUCUGGUGCACAUCCUCGCAUUCGUGCUCGUGCGGAACAUCCCUGGCUACGCCCGCUCCAUGUACAGCACCUUCUUCGCGUGGUUCGGGAAAUUUUCUUUAGAGCUCUUCAUCUGCCAGUACCACGUGUGGCUGGCGGCUGACACGCGCGGCAUCCUCGUGCUGGUGCCAGGCGGCUGGGUCCUUCCCAAUGCCAUCAUCACCACGUUCAUCUUCGUGUGCGUAGCGCACGAGGUGUCGGCCAUCACAGGCGUGCUGGCCCAGCACCUGGUGCCCAAGGAGUGGCCGGCGCUCCGCCUGCACAUGCUGCUGCUGGCCAUCUCCCUAGGACUCCUGCUGUUGCUCCAGUGGUUGCAGAACCGAGUGUGGACGUGAGGACCUUUUCCAACCAACCAACGCUCGCUCCCAAACCCCUCGACUCUUAAACCCUCACCCUGGGCCUCACCACCUCGAACGCUUUGCUUCCGCCACACCUUAAACUUUUAAUUUGUUCCAGGCCCAGUCGCCUGUCGGCUCAUUGGCUGAAAGCAAGCGUUCACCCACGCUGCUGCGUGUGUCAGCUCUGGGGGGGUGGGGGCGUGACGUCGACAGGGAGUGCUGCGUGCCCCAAACAUUAUCACUCCAUGUGGACUGCAGCCUAUCUCAGUGGGCCAUGCGAUUCCUUAAACUUAAAACGUUCAGCUGGAAUGUGCCACAUUGAUACUUUUUUUUUCGGAGCAGAGACACGGCACACUGCUGUGACCUCAUACGUUUAAACUUCAAACGUGAACUCCUGCAGCACAUGAGAGUUCAUUGCUGCUCGGUCUCAUGAACAGGUGCAUAGGGAGGCACUCUCCUCAGGUGUGCUUUAUAUCUUUUAAAUUCUGUUCUAGGCGGGGCUUGACCUAAAAAUAUGCCCAUUGUGGUAUAGUUUAUUCCUUUAAAAGAUCUCCAAACUGUGUUUUUCAUGGACUGCUAAAGUUAGGAGUAAAAUCCCUAUCAGAGCACUUUUGUGCUAUUCGACGCACUUUUGUCAAUGGCCACGACACUGAAAUGUGCGACACCAAUUGCCUGGUCUCAGAAAUGAUCGGCAACUUUGUUCACCGAUGCAACUUUUGCAUUUCAGGCAAUCGUGAGGAAAAAAUCCCACUGCCAACGCAAGGGUAUCUCACCAGAGGCUUUCAGGAUAUUAUUCUCCUUUGAUCUGUUUUGGGUGGUGUCGUGGAUUUCAAACAAGACACUCAAUGGUGUCAAAAGCACGCAGCUGUUGUGCAUAUGCAACAACAAAAAAACCGUCAGCAUCUCCCAAAAAAGUGCAUUGUUGGUCUCUUUGUCUUAGAUCACCACCAAAUUACACUUGAGCGAAUUUGACCGAAUUACAGGAGGAUUGAUGCAGUGACAACUGUGGACCAGCUUCACCACAAUUAGGACUCAUCAGCAAAUUACAUUUGCCAAAUUGUAUCCUGUUUGAAAUGUAUGGUUUUGCAGCGUGCACUAUUAUUCUGUUAUGGAUGGGUUUUCUCGCCACUUACAGAUUUUAUGUAAUUGGUGUGGCAUGUUGAUACAAACAGGUCGGCAUUACGGUUUUUUUGUUUUAAUUAUCUAUUUGCUUUACAGGGAUGUCCACUGAAUGUUUUUAUUGAAGAUUGUAAAAGCACUGAACAGUGAAUAACAUCUUAUAUUGUCACUUUGCUGAUGCCAAAUGGAACUGUGAUCCCAAGCUGCUGCACAGCUCUAACAUUAUGACAGCAGUUGUCAGCCUCUGAGAUGCGGAAUUCAUCCCCCUAAGCUUUUCCUGCCGAUAGAUUCUCCAGAGCAACAUGACAUGAAAAGACGUUCUCUGACAAUUAUUGUCCAUCCUGAAUAUGACACUGGUCAUUCAAAUAAUAGGAACUGUAUUAAAAUAAUAUUAAUUUAUGAGGAGUUAAACCAAUUAAGAGAGGUUCAUCAUUGAGUCACAGGUGCAGGGUACUGUUUUAAUCUUCUUGCAAUAGUAAAAAUAAUUUUACGUAUAGAGAUGCAUUGAUACUGUGGGAGAAAACUCCCAAACAGAACCAGUCUCAUAGAGAGGACUUGUUACAUUGCUGGUGAAUGGUGAAAUGAUGGGAUGAUUGGGUGUUUGGUGUGUGUUGGGUAAUCAAGAGUGGUUUGUGCAAUCUGAGGAAGUAAUGUAAUGGGUGCCAGGUCUGGUGAUGCGAGAACAGACCUGGCUCUGGGUGAACGUGGGGAAAACGGGAACCGUUUAUCCUUGGUGGAUUUUUAAAGUUUACUAUACAUUACAUGUUUGUCACUACUGUAAUAGACUUGGGAUUUUGGUGUGAAAUGCAAUUUUGUAAAUGUCAAUUUUGUUAAAAAAAUGGAUGUAUUAAUGCAUUACAAGACUACAUAAAUAUAAAUUAUUUGGAUGGUUAUUAGGCACAUGCAUUGCUUACUUUCUGCUGCACUGUCGAUAUGAUUUGGCAGUGGUCACAACAUUUACACAAAACUGCAUAGUAACACUGCAAUGUAAUAAUUGUUUGCCUUUUUUUAUUUACACAAAACGAUGCCAUUGGCAUCAAGUUUCAGACGUCUAUGAAACAGCCACACUGCACUUUAUGGAACAGCUUGCAUGUGAAUUUACAAUCUUUCACUGGCCAUACUGUUUUACCACAAGCUCACGAUUGCAUUUAGCCAAGCAGAUGAGUGAAUGCUUUGCUCUGGCUCGUGUGAUCUAUCCAGGGAUACUACCCUUAAAAGAAAACUGACAGCUAAUUUAUUCAUUGAACUGUGAACCUGCUAAAUAUGUCCACAGAGCACAGGAAAGCGUUACAGACGGUCAAUUCACGUAUCCAGUUUAAUGGGAAGGAAAAAAGCAUUAUUCAAAACAUGUAAAUUCGGAUAUAAAAUCAUUGAUAUUCUAUUCCGAGUGGGGUUGAAAAAUAUGUUUUAUUGUUUCUUAUAGUAAUUGGUUUACUUACCGACGUGAGAAUUGCAUCACCGUCACUCGGUGAGAAAUCCGAGGUAAAACAUUUUUUUUGCAAGCACGGUUAAUCUGCAACUCUAGAUUUCACUGUUCAGUGAUAGUAGAGUUUAAGACCCUGGCCCUUGAAUCAUGUGUAGGAGCCCAGGAAUUGAACAUAUAAACUUUUAGGUGCUUACUCUUUGCUGUGACAUGGGAUUUAAACCUCAAACACCCACCUAUUGCUCCUCUUAGCAAUUAUUUCAUGAUUAUAAAAUACUGAGAAAUAAACACUUCAAAAUACAUACGAUUAUUUUGACAAAUUGUUAGAAUGGCAUUUGGCACAAUGAAUGGUCCUCAAUUGUGAUCUCAACACAAGUUCAUUGGGAGAUGAGCAUCGUUUUUCGAUUCUGUAAAAUUGUAUCAAUGAUUCACUUGUUUGUCAGCAAGAUGUUUAAUGGAAAAACAACAUUACAUGACUCCAUAUGUCCAAGAAUCUCGAUGGCAUCAAAAAACUUAUCCUAGCCUGAGCCACAUGACAGUACUACAAUACUUUUGGCACUCCAUAGUAAGAGAACACUUGCACAAGACAAAUGAUGUGACACCUUACAUAUUAGCCUAAAUAUUAAUGUGCAAAUGUGUUUAAAACAAUCCCGGAUUCUACACAUAGCUGUAGCGAUUUAAGUGUCUCUGUGUGUUUUGCCAGGUGAUUAAAAAACGGCUUAUGUUCCACAUUAGAACUGUGGUAACAAAUCGCAUUCAUUUUAGAGGAAAACUUUGUUAAAAUUACUUCCGUGUUUUGCGCCAUUUCAGAAGUCACCAGAAGGUUUUCUUAGUCAACCAUUUUUAAACCAACACACCUGGCUGACUGUCGAGACUCUGGCUCUGGCCAAGGUGGGCCUGCAGACCACUGCACGGCACUGCACGGGCACUGCCGUUUCUAGUCACAGCAGUUGUUGAGAGACUUGGAGAAGGAGUUUUGGCCACCAGGCUGAGGAGGUAGUGGGGGUGGUUGCUGCAGUGGUCUUGCCCUGUCCAAGCUCGAGUGUUGAGCAACCUGAGUU